AUCAUGUUAUCUUUGUUAUUCACCGAAUGUUAAACAAGGAUAAAAUGAUACACCUAGACGAAGUUUCUGAACGCAGCCCAGUAUGUAUACAUAAUCUCACUGCCUUAACCUCAUCUUGUUGAAGUUGUUGCAGACGACUUGGGUUGGAUGAUCGGAGAUUCGUAGAAAUCCGUAAUCAAAGAAGAAGAGUUAUGGAUUCACAAAUAGUAAAUACUCGAAGAAAGAUAUUAAAUCAUGUAGUUUCCAGCAUUCUAGUGGAAUGUGGUUAUGAGAUGUGCGACAAACAAGUAUUGGAAACACUUACCGAAAUGUUACAGUCAUUUAUUGUGGAAAUUGGAGCUUCAGGGAGAAAUUAUUGUGAACUUUCUGGGAGAACAGAGCCUCUCAUAGCAGAUGUAAUAUUGGCACUGAUUAAUAUGGGCAUGAAAUUAGAUAAUAUAGAGACUUACGCAAAGCGACAAAACAAGACAAUUCUGCCGACGCUUCAGCAGCAAACACAAGCAAAGCAAUUGAAUAUUUUGCAAGCUGGUGUUAAGCAAGGUCAUCCAUCGCAUAUACCAAAUUAUUUGCCGGCUUUUCCUGAUCCACAUGCGUAUAUCAGAACUCCGACACAUAAGCAACCAGUAACAGAAUACGAAGCAAUCAGAGAAAAGGUAGCAAUGCAAAAACGAGACAUCGAGAGAGCUUUAACAAGGUUUAUUGCUAAAACAGGAGAGACACAUAGCUUAUUUCUCACAGAAGAUAACAGCAUGUUUCCAUUAAUAUCUUGCAAACCACAAUUUCCGAGUUAUAUCUCUGCUCUUCUACCUCAAGACCAAAUAUUUGAACCAGAUCCAGAUUUUCAGUUCGACUCGAAUCCAAUAAAAAAGAAGAAAGAACAACAAAGUGAAGAAACAGAGGAAGGUAAUCAAACACAGAACGAAAAUAUGGAACAAAAUGGUGAAAUUACUACUCAGCAAGAUGUUAUAGAUAAUCCAUAUUUAAGACCUGGAAAGAUUCCUAAAAAUAAAAUAUCAGGUACAACGAUACCUGGGCAACAUUCUGUUAAGAAAGAAUUUGAAUCUUAAGUAUCAUGGUGUAAUAUUAGUGUAAAUUAUAUAAUUAACUAAUGUAUAAAAUCAAAAAUUUUAUGUUCAUUUUUCGACUCAUCUUUAUGUACAUAGUUCAUAUUUUAUACUUAAACUGUCUUUUACAUGAAUGAAAAAAUAAAUAUUGAGUUAGAUAAUAAAAUUAUAUUUUUAUUAUUAUGUAGUUACACAAUAGUAAGUAGUUUCGAAAUACAUUCAUGAAAAUUAAUCAUAAA